AAGAAUCAAAGCAAGACUGCAGGUAGUGGACGUGUCCAACCAAACACCUCUUAUUGGAAGAAUACUACCCCCUCCAGGCUGAGCUGACCUCACCUGGGACUUGAAGAAACACCUGGGGGAUGUCACCGAGCUCGUCAGAUGAAGAGAGAAGGCAGAACAAGUUAAAUGUGUGAAACGGUUCUGUCAUCGAGACGAGCCGCUAAGCCCUCUGACCUCAUCACCUGGACUGAAGUAGAAAUUCUUUUCCUCUGUCAUCAUCAACGUUGGAAUAUUUACAGAGCCUUGACAAGCGGAACAAGACACAGAUAGGAGCAUGGAGGCGUUGUAAUUGACUGUGAAGUGGAGUUUGGGAAGAGCUGGGAAGGAGAAGCAGGUGACUGAAGGAGGAAACGAGGAGAAGACGAGCAUGGCGCACUCAUCUGUUUGGAUCUUUCUGUUGUGCUUUUCGCUCACUCAUCAAAGGGCGGCAGCUCAAGCUGAAGCUUGCCGGACGGUGGUGCAGGCAGACAUUGUGUUCCUGUUGGAUGAGUCAUGGAGUGUGGGUCAGGCCAGCUUUUUCAGAGUCAAAGACUUCAUCUCAGCCAUCAUGUCCUCAUUUCAGGACAGCACAGUGGGAGCUGAGGGGGUUCGCUUUGGUGUCACUCUCUUUGGGGAUGUUCCGAGGAUGCUGGUUGCUUUGACAGACUACAGUUCACUUGAGGACGUGCUCCGAACUGUUGGAAACCUCCCCUACGGUGGAGGAUCCAGGAGGACGGGCAGCGCUCUCCAGUUCCUUGUAGAUUCUGUGUUCAGCCCUGCCAUCAGCCGAGAUUUUACCCCAAAGAUUGUUGUUUUGAUCACAACCGGACGCUCGGAUGACCAGGUCGACCUUGGAGCCAAGGUGGUUGCAGACAGUGGGAUUACACUCUUUGCAGUAGGCGUAAGAGGAGCCGAUGUGUCCGAGUUGAGAAGGAUCGUUUCUGAGCCCUUCGGGGAACAUCUUUUGGAGUGCGCAGACUUCUCUCUCCUGGAAACUCUCCUUCCCAAACUGUCCCGGAGGUUAUGUUUCAGUGCUUCUGAACCUCCACGACCUGUAAAAACCAUCCAGCCAAGUGAGCGGCACGUGGUUGGUCCCAGAGACUUGCAGGUGAGUGAGCUGGCCCACGGCUCCUUCAGGCUGACGUGGAGCCAGGCUACGGGGGAUGUGACUGGAUACCGUCUCUUGGUCACACCUCUCAGCUCCAGGGGACAACUCCUGCUCAACCAGCAGAGGCAGCUGGAUCUGAAGGCAGACGUGAGCACCGCUGUGAUGACAGAGCUCAGUCCGAAGACGGAGUAUUCCCUCACCCUCUACGCCGUCUACCCAAACCUCAUCGGCAACUCUGAAACACUCACAGUAAAAACAACUUCGUUGCCCAAAGUGUCAAACUUCCGCAUUAUCGAGGAGGGCUUAUUCUCUCUACGUCUCGGUUGGACUCCUCCUCUGGGAAAGCUCAAUGGAUUCAAGAUCUUUAUACCGAGGUCCAACAGACCAGGAUUAGCAUACGAGCAGCUGCUUCCUGGAGACAUCUCUUCUCAUGUGAUUGAUGGCCUGGAAGAAGAUAAAAAGUAUACCGUCAAUAUCUAUGCGGUUUACCCCGAGGGACCCAGUGAACCAGUGUCAUUAGUGGGAAAAACAUUAAAAUUAGUAGCAGUCAAGCAAUUCCUGGUCCAGAAUGCCACUACAGAUACCGUCCAAGCAAGGUGGGAGUCAGUCAAGGGGGCAACAGGAUACCGUCUGACUUGGGCAUCCCCAGAUGGCCACAUAGAGAACAUCAACCUUGGGGAGAACUUCAACUUCUACAUGAUCCAAGGCCUGCACUCAGGCUCUGAGUACAUCGUCACAAUCAACCCCAUCUUUGGAGACACUGAGGGACCCGUCACCACCAACAAAGUCAAAACAUUGGAAAGCAGUGCUGUUCAAACUCUGAAGGCUUCUGCAGUAAGCACAAGUUCAGCUGUUGUGUCUUGGAACAGCGUCCCAGGGGCCACAGGAUACAGGCUGGCAUGGGGACCCACACCAGAAUUUUCUGGUCGAGAUCGUCCAAGGCAGUUGGCUUUGAACAGCAGCACCACAGAAUACAAGCUGAAGAACGUGGCUCACGACACAGAAUACGUCCUGACUCUAUACGUGCUUUUUGGGUCCGCCGUUGGGCCUGGCAUCUCUGCAACAUUUAGAACUUCUCCUUUAGGUUAUGUGUCCAACUUUAAGGUGACAUCUUACACUAGUACCUCAAUAGCUGUGGAGUGGAGUCCUAUUGUUGGAGCCACAGAGUACAAACUGUCUUGGUACACAGAUGACGGAAAACCGCAGUUCCAGUAUCUAGACCGAAGUGUCCUGUCCCACCAGAUCAAGGAUCUUAUCUCACAAUCCACUUACACAAUAACUAUCCGUGCAGUGUACGGCAACUCGGAGGGACCAGAUAUCUCCUUGUCUCAACUAACAUCUGCAGUUUCAGAGUCGGAGCCAAUCCAGCCAGUCAGGGAGCUAAAAGUUGUGGACGUUGGGGUAAAUUCCUUCACCUUGUCUUGGAAGAAAACACCCGGAGUUUCAGGAUACAAAAUCUACUGGAUUCCCUUUCUUGGGGGUAAGGAGAAAUCCCAAGUGGUACCUGCUGCUUCCACAACCUUCACCAUGGACAACCUUCAGGAGAGCUCAGCUUAUAAGAUCCAGGUUUCCCCCAUGGUUGGUGGAAGAGAGGGAAGUCCUGUCCUGGUCACUGCACGAACACUGGAUCUUCCAAAAGUGGAGGGGUUUGCUGCCCUGAACACAACUGACAGCAGCGCAGUUCUGAACUGGACUCGUGUAGCAGGAGUCUCUGGGUAUCUUCUCUCUUGGAGGCAUAUUUCAGUGUUGGAGACAAAAAGAGAAACUCUUGGUCCUGCCUUUUCAUCCUAUAAGAUCAGUGACCUGCAGUAUGGCAGAACAUACAUUUUCUCCAUCAGACCUUUGUAUGGCGAAGUGGAGGGACCUAUAAGCACCAUAUAUCAGAGAAUAUUAGGGCAGGAUGAUCAUGUGAAACCAGACCAAUUUGUUCCAGCAACUGUGACGCUGAAAUCCCCUCAUGUCACAGCUGGCCCCAACACUGUCUUCAUCAUCAACCCAACCAUUGCUCAACCAGCCACCAGGGACACUACGGCUCCCACAGCUGCACCACCAGCUAACUCCAUAACUACUAAAAAGCCUCCAGUCCAGCCCAGUGUCACUAAGGCCAAGGAGGCUUCCCUGAAAGUAUCCACAGCCUCCACAAAGUCAACGGCUCCACCACAGCCAGUGUGUGGGAAGGCCAAAGCAGACAUAGUCUUUUUGGUGGAUGAGUCGUCAAGCAUCGGCGUUAACAACUUUGCCAAGAUGAAAGACUUCAUUUUCCGAGUGACCACUUACUUCCCCGUUAUCGGCGCACAUGGCUCACAGGUUGCCGUGGUUCAUUACAGCGAUGAGCCUCGUAUUGAGUUCCAUCUAAGUGACUUCAAAGACAGAAACUCUGUGCUCAGGGCUAUCAGAGGGCUGCGCUACACAGGUGGCAACACCAAAACAGGAAAAGGCAUCGGCUAUGUUCUGCAGGAACUGUUCCAGGAGUCUUUGGGGAUGAGACAAGAUGUGGCCCAUGUUCUGGUUCUGAUCACAGAUGGCAGGGCCCAGGAUGAUGUGAUGCCACCUUCCAGGAUUGCACGUGCUUUAGGGGUUAGCAUAUUAGCAGUUGGAGUUUCCAAUGCAGACAUCGAGGAGCUCAAUAAAAUUGCUGCUCCCAGCAGUUAUAAAAAUAUCUUCUACUCGCCAACCUUUGAUGACUUCCCCUCCAUAGAGAGAGAAUUUAUCCAAAGCAUCUGCAGUGAGGAGCUUCUCUCUGAAUUCAAACUACAGGAUGAGUUUGCUCAGUUGGACACUCCGACUGAAGACCCAGAGGAGCUGAAUAAGCCUUUAGGUCCCUGCGCCUCGCAGUGUGUUAAGGGCCAGAAAGGGCAAAAGGGGAACGGUUUUGGUCUUGGUGGUUUGCAAUUUAGGCAAAGCCCUGGACAGUUUGAUCCUUUCAUAUCAUCCAAAGGAGAAAUAGGAGAGAAGGGACCUCCAGGAACGGAUGGCAUCCCUGGGUUGCCAGGGCGACCAGGACGAACCGGACCUCCAGGUUCUGCUGGUCACCGGGGCCUUCCAGGUGUUCCGGGGGAAAUGGGUCCUCCAGGUGUCCCCGGUUCAAAGGGACAGAGGGGAGAGCGAGGAGAACCUGGCUACGUUAUAGCUGGUACAGAUUCAAAUUUUGUGCCUGGAAGAAAAGGAGAACCUGGCUCUUCAGGCCCGCAGGGACCACCAGGGGUACCGGGAGCGAAUGGAUCACCUGGCCUUCCCGGCCAGCCCGGCCCGCCAGGAUCACCGGGAAUAUCUGUGAAGGGAGAUCCUGGAGCUCAGGGAGCCAAAGGUUUACGAGGGAAGCAAGGCUUGAAAGGAGACAAAGGAGAGUCGGGAAAAGAUGGUAUUGCAGGUCUUCCUGGUCCCAUUGGCAUCGAUGGUAUACCAGGAUUGCCAGGUCACAAAGGAGAGAAGGGUAAAGAUGGACUCGGUAUACAAGGAAUCCAAGGUCCUCAAGGAGAGAAAGGAGAGAAGGGAAAUAUUGGCUUAACGGGAGCAGAGGGACCAAAGGGUGACCAUGGAGACCAGGGCAUCCAGGGACUGGGUGGACCCCGGGGGAAAAAGGGAUUGAAAGGAGAAAAAGGGGACAAGGGAGAGCAGGGAGAAAAAGGACCAGAUGGACCACAAGGACCUCAAGGACUAAUUGGGCCAAUUGGAUUGAAAGGAGAUGAAGGAAAAAGAGGAGUCCCUGGAGAUCCUGCGACGGGUAUAAUUGGCCCACCUGGAAAAAAAGGUGCCAGGGGAGAUCUCGGCCCAAUUGGUCAAACAGGCGCUCAGGGAAUAAAAGGAGAUCAAGGAGAGAAAGGAGAGAAGGGAAGUCCUGGUUUUGGGAUUCCUGGUCUUCCAGGACAGAAGGGGAUAAAUGGUGAGAGGGGAAAUGUUGGUCUGUCAGGAAAACCAGGACCAAAGGGUAAAGAUGGUGCAAAAGGGGAGAAGGGAAGUGUUGGCUUGCCUGGAAAUUCUGGAGAACCAGGAUUAAGAGGUAAAGAUGGAGCACCUGCAGCGAAGGGAGAGCCAGGAAUGAAGGGUGACCCAGGGUUCACUGGAGAGCCUGGUGAAAGAGGAAUAAGGGGUCCAUUGGGGUUACCAGGGCGACUAGGUGACCCUGGAGAAAAAGGUGAACCAGGUCUUCCUGGUACUGAUGGAAAGAAAGGCGAUAAAGGAGAGAUGGGGAAACCUGGACCCCCGGGAACACAAGUUGUUGCAGAAAACAGCAUACUGACCAGAGUUAUUAAGGGAGACCCUGGAGAACCUGGCCAGCCUGGCCUGAGAGGAGAAACGGGUCUACCUGGGCCAAGAGGACCAGAAGGAAAACCUGGAUUACCGGGAAAUUCGCAGGGCUCUGAAAGAGAUGGACUUGACGGCCUUCCAGGAAAACCAGGAAUAAAGGGAGAUAAAGGGCAUAAAGGAGAACCUGGUCCAAGAGGAGAGCAAGGGAUUGCUGGAAUGCCUGGAUUACCAGGAACUCCAGGGAGACCAGGCAUUGAUGGGAAGAGAGGCCUGCCUGGAAAGGAUGGAGAAAAUGGAUUCAAAGGAGAGGAAGGAAAAAAGGGCGACAAAGGGGAUGCUGGUGUCAAUGGGAAAGAUGGAAGUAAAGGGGAGCCAGGGCCUCCAGGUUCGCCUGGUAGGCAGGUGCUAGUCACGACUGAGGGCGCCACAAUUGAUGACAUUCGGCAGGCAUUUCCAAUCCCAAUGGGUCCACCAGGAGCUACUGGUGCACCAGGAAUGAAGGUAAGACUGUAUCACUGUUCAUUGAGGAUGGCUUAGGCGGAAAUAUGAGCUUGAUGCUUUAUUUGUCCUAUUUUUCAGGGUGAAAAAGGAGAGCAAGGCCUGAAAGGGGAAAAGGGAGAUGCUGGCGCUCCUGAAAAGUCUCUGGAGAUGAAGGUUG